GGCUCCACAUUCUGCAGGUGCGUGUGCAGCCGGGCAGAAGGCGGACCAUCAUGGCCUAAAGGAAUGAUGCGCUUGCAGCUCUUCUUGGGAAGAUGUCCUCCCUGAGCUUCCUCGUGCAGUGGGUUCUGUCCUCUUCGCUGCUGGUCGGCGCGUACUUGCUGGGACGGAGGGCUCAGCAGGACACGCGCUUGCUCCCUGCUGCAAUCAUCCUCUUCCUGUUUGCCGUACCCAUCCCAAUUGUUGCAUCGUUGUUCCCAGGCCCUGACCAGCUGCGCGAGUUCACAAGCAUCAAGUAUGGCCCCCCCAUCGCAGCUUUUGUUGAGGCCGGAGAGAAGGCUUUCCAGCAGAGUCCCUUUAAACCACUUGGAAAUGUCAGCAACGGCGCAGUGGCCUAUAAUGAGCUGCCAUCUGGCGCCGAGACAGAGGAGGGAAGAGAGAGUCCAGACUCCAAGUUGACGAAUCCAGAAUCAGGGUUAAGGAGUCCAGUUGAGGCUCUUAACAACAGCUCAAACCCCAGAUCUCAAAGUGAACUCCGGCCAGAGCUUCAGAACCAAACAGCUAGUGCAGAGACUGUUGAGCGCAACGCCUCUCAUCCACAACCGAAGUCUGGGAGACUCUUUUCUGGUGAAACCGUGGAGAUUUAUGGUCAGCAGAUCACCAACAGAAGCCAACGUCAUGCUCCUCAUUCCUCCACUGCUGUAGCUAACGGCAGCAGAAAUUCCAGCCUGCAGUUUUGCUUAGACACGCUCGCUGUGGGAACUUGGAGAAAUACGAGUCUGGUCAAGUCAGAAGCUGACCAAACAAGAGGCGUACAUAACUCAGUCAGUGUAGAAAAGAGGGGGAGUGCUGAGUCUUUAAAUCAGCAGGGGAGUCACAUGCUCUGGGAAUGGGAUCCUCUAGGCGUCCAGCUGUGCAACUUCACCACCUGGGGACGCCUAGAGAGUGUCCAGUCGUUGGCCCGGUUGAGCGGGUCGCUGUCGUCAGCAGAUGAGAGCACAGCAGAGAGGGCAGCACUCAGCGGUCCACAAAGGACAGUCAGCGCUGCACUGACACCAUCGAAAGAAGCAAAUGAAUCAGUAACUAGAAUAGUGGUGGCGGGAGACUCGCAGGGGCGGCUCUUUGCGUUGGCGCUGUUGUUGCUGUUGAGGGGCAUUGAGGAGGACGAGCUGAUGCUCUUUCAGCGAAAGCACCAAGACUGGAACGUGACAGCUGGCGAGGGGAGUCUGUGCAUCGAGUUCUGGUGGGCGCCGUUCGCAUCAAACGUCACUGAGCGGUUGCAAACCGAGGGGCGCGCAACUGAACCGCCUGCGGUCAUGGUUUUGAGUUUCGGCCUGUGGCACAUGCUCUACACUAACGACCCAGAGGACUACGCCCGGAAUCUGCAACAGCUGACGGCGACGCUGCAGGAAACGUACCGAAUAGCGGGGCGUCGGCAGCCGCUUGUAUUCUGGCUCAACAGCCCGCUCCUCAUCACGGAGAAACUCAACACCGAGGCAAAGCGGGCUCGGCUGACCGAAAGCAUGUUGCGGACGUACAACGAAGUGGCGUCGGAAAGCGGGCUGUUGCUGCCGGACGGGCCCGGUGUUCUUCUCGACCUGUUCAGAGUGACGGGGAGUUGCGGGGAGUCGUGUGCUCCAGAUGGGAUGCAUUACAUCUCGGAAGCGUACGGCGUUGUUGUUCAGGUUAUGCUGAAGGCAAUUGCCCUAACUCGAAGCUGAUGCUGUUGUUGGUCCGUAGCACGGGGCGAGCAUCAAGACAUAGCGGUUGAGACGUUAGGAGGCUCGCUUCCUUUUAACAGUGGAGUAACCAGAGCGCAGACACUACGGAUCUGACGUUUAACUUAUUUAUGAGAUCUCACACCUGCAAUAGCUGCAGUGGAAACACUUCGUCGUUGUACUAUCGUGGAGCUACUCACGUGUAGGGCGGUACUCACUACCCAGCCCGGCCGGUGCUAAUCAAGCGCUGUGAGUGCAAAGAAUAACGUACAGCUUCAGUUGCACAAAUCAUUGAUUCAAACAUAAUACUCGAGCUGAUUGCAUCAGAGUCGGCAUCCUGGUGGCACGCCGGCCGCCUUUAAUUUGCCUUGAUCCCCG